AUUUUCUUUCUUGGCAAAUUCUCCCUCUUAAAAAGAAAGAUUUUCCAUGGGAUUAGGAAAGAAAAUCUCAUGGGGGUUUUCCCUUUCCUUGCACACAUUAGGUAGGCCUUCAUCCUAUUUAGGCUUAAAGGCUAAAGUAGUAAAAUUUCCCCAUGUAAAAAAGGAAAUGAAUAAACAAAUGAAAGAUGAAUCAUUCAUGAGGGAAAUUCCUUUUAACAUUUAACUAAUUAGGUGAUGCAUAACCAAUAAAUGGAAAAUAACGUUUUAAUCUUGAUUCCUAAUAAAUUUUUUCUAAAUUUUUAUGCUCAAGUUCUAUUUGUCCCACAACAUUAGGAUCAUAGAGAGAACAGGGGAAUCAGGACUGGACCUGAUUCUUUUCCUAUUUUGCUAAAAGUUGCCUUACUAUUGUUCCUAGAGAGAAUAGGAAUCAGUAGCCAGAUUUUGUUUUUCCUAUUUUGCUGAAAACUUCCCCUGCUCUUGUUUUAUCCUUGACAUGCGUUCCUUUCAGAUAAACCAAAUUGGUAAACUGGUCUUUGUUGGCGGUCGUAACAACAAUGCUAGCACUGAACUGGCCAAGGCUCACCAAACUGUUAACCUUCUGUCUGAGGUUUUGAAGGCUGUUAAUUUGAAACAAUUUACUGAAGUUGAUCCUGAGAUUUUUGAAGCUCAAAAUAAGGUUGCAGAGACCACAAAGAAUGGUGCCCUUCACAAUAUUAUUCUUCUUGGUCCUGAGAGUAUUGAUGAAGCAAUGUCAAAAUAUCCUGAGAUCCAAGCAGCUGUUUUUGCCCUUCGUAACGUCCGAGGUCUUCCAUGGCCCAAGGAUCACAAGAAGAAAAAAGAUGAGGAUAUUCUAGAUUGGAUUCAGCAAACAUUUGGGUUCCGGAAGUAUAACGUGGAAAACCAAAGAGGGCAUCUGAUUUUAUUACUUGCAAAAAUAAACAAGGUGCAUAAACAGAAUCCUGAUCAACAACCCAAGGUUUGUUCUUUUACAGCAUACUUAUUCAUAUGCUAUACUGAAGGAGUAAAUAUCUUAAAUUACCGGCUAAUGCUAGCUGGUAUGGAUCAUACCACUCUAACAACAAAAUACUAUAUCACGAAACAAGCAUCUUGAAUCUAC